GUCUAAUAAGAUGACUGAAGAAUAUCCAUGGGAUGGAGGUUAUUGGUGAACUUAAAGCAAUUUCAGAUAAGUAGUGGGUGUGGAAGUCAUAUUGGAAUGGAUUCAAGUGAGAAAUGGGAGGUCUGUGACUGUGUGUCUUUUAAAGAAACAUGACUGGAGGGGAAUAUAGAGAUGGACUGGAAUUGGAGGGAAAUCUGAGAUCCAGGAAGAUUUUUGUUUUUCAGAUGAGAAGGACUUAGAACACGAUUAUGUGCUAAUGUGGAGGAGCUAGUGAAAGAGAAAGCGUUAAGGAUAUGGGGGUGUGUCUAGGGAUUAGUUGUGAGUAAGAUUACUGAGAGAAUCAGAGGGGUUGUAAUUCAAAAUGAAGGAGGCUUGAUAGGAGGGAUCUUCUUCCUUAUAUCAGUAGGGAAAGGAUGAGAUGAGUACAAAUACAGAUAAGUUUCCAUGUGAUAGCUUUAUUUUUUUCUCUGAAGUAUGAGCUGAAGCAUUCUGCUUAGAAUAAGAGGGCUCAGGAAGAUGGGGGAUCCAAAUUUUGAGGAUAAAUGAGUAGGUGUGAAACAGUUGUUUCAGAUAGUAGUAGGAGACUGAUUGACUGUAGGAACUUAGGUUGCUUCCUAUGAUAGAGGACCCAGUUGAGAUUGGCAAUGAGGAAUGUAUAAUGAUAGCCAUCUGGUUGUGGGUGUGCAUAUUUACCCCCUCUGGUUGUUCAGGUAUAAGUACAGAAAGGCAAUUAGUUGGAUUUCUGGGGGUUGGUAUUUAGCCGGGUAGGUGCCACGGAAGAACAGAGGUAAGGCAGUUCUGGGUUUUUGCAGAGUGUAAUGAUAGCAUCUGUUUGAUAAAAGGGGAAGUGAGAGCAGGAAGAGGCUGACGGAUAGUAAGAAAACAGAGAAAUCAAUGGGCUGGAGGUUCCCAUCAGAUUAAAAAAAAAAAAAACAGUUACAAUGGGGAUAAUGAGCAAGUAAGUUGGAAGGAAUAACAUGUCAGGGUGGGAUAUUUGAAUUAGAGGUUUAUGAAGUGGUGGCGUUUCUAUGAUGACAAAAUCCAGGGUAUAACUGAGAGGGUCCCAGUAGCAACUGAGGAAGUGGUGGCUGAGGUGGAGGGGGAAUGUCAUUGGAUGAGGAAGUUGAAGGUGUUGACUGGGUUUUCUGUGCUAAUUUUAAAGGGACCCAAAAUUAAUGGCAGGAGAUCGAGUGGAGAGAGAGUCUUAUGAGCCAGGUGGCUGCAAAAUUCGGGUUCAGGGAGACUGGAUCAGAGAGCGCCGCUUUGAAAUCCCUGAUGAGGAACACUGUUUGAAGUUCCUCUCAGCUGUCCUUGCUGCUCAGAAAGCUCAGUCACAACUUCUUGUUCCAGAGCAAAAGGACUCAUCUAGCUGGUACCAGAAAUUAGACACUAAGGACAAACCUUCUGUUUUUUCAGGGCUUCUUGGAUUUGAAGACAAUUUUUCUUCUAUGAAUUUGGACAAGAAAAUAAAUUCACAAAAUCAGCCUACUGGGAUUCAUCGGGAACCCCCACCUCCACCCUCUUCAGUGAAUAAAAUGCUUCCACGUGAAAAAGAAGCUUCUAACAAGGAGCAGCCCAAAGUGACCAACACCAUGCGGAAGCUCUUUGUACCAAAUACCCAAUCUGGGCAGCGGGAGGGUCUCAUCAAACAUAUCCUGGCAAAGCGAGAGAAAGAAUAUGUCAACAUUCAGACUUUCAGAUUUUUUGUUGGAACUUGGAAUGUGAAUGGCCAGUCUCCAGAUAGCGGGUUAGAACCUUGGCUGAACUGUGAUCCCAAUCCUCCUGAUAUCUACUGCAUUGGAUUCCAAGAGCUGGACUUGAGCACAGAAGCCUUUUUCUACUUUGAAUCUGUGAAGGAACAAGAAUGGUCCAUGGCUGUAGAGAGAGGUUUGCAUUCCAAAGCCAAGUAUAAGAAAGUUCAACUGGUGCGCCUUGUUGGGAUGAUGCUUCUUAUAUUUGCCAGAAAGGAUCAGUGUCGAUAUAUUCGUGAUAUUGCUACAGAAACAGUUGGAACUGGAAUCAUGGGGAAAAUGGGAAACAAAGGUGGGGUAGCUGUGAGAUUUGUAUUUCACAACACCACCUUUUGCAUUGUCAAUUCCCAUCUGGCUGCCCACGUGGAGGACUUUGAGAGAAGGAAUCAAGAUUAUAAGGACAUUUGUGCGAGAAUGAGUUUUGUGGUCCCAAAUCAGACCCUCCCGCAAUUGAACAUCAUGAAACAUGAUGUUGUCAUUUGGUUGGGAGAUUUGAAUUAUAGACUCUGCAUGCCUGAUGCCAAUGAGGUGAAAAGUCUUAUUAAUAAGAAAGACCUUCAGAGACUCUUGAAAUUCGACCAGCUAAAUAUUCAGCGCACACAGAAAAAAGCUUUUGUUGACUUCAAUGAAGGGGAAAUCAAGUUCAUCCCCACUUACAAGUAUGACUCUAAAACAGACCGGUGGGAUUCCAGUGGGAAAUGCCGGGUUCCAGCCUGGUGUGACCGAAUUCUUUGGAGAGGAACAAAUGUUAAUCAGCUUAAUUAUCGGAGUCACAUGGAACUGAAAACCAGUGACCACAAGCCUGUUAGCGCCCUCUUCCAUAUUGGGGUGAAGGUUGUGGAUGAACGAAGGUACCGGAAAGUCUUUGAAGAUAGUGUACGCAUCAUGGACAGAAUGGAAAAUGACUUCCUUCCUUCCUUAGAACUCAGCAGGAGGGAGUUUGUGUUUGAAAAUGUGAAGUUUCGGCAACUACAAAAGGAGAAGUUCCAGAUCAGCAACAAUGGACAGGUUCCCUGCCAUUUUUCUUUCAUCCCUAAACUUAAUGACAGCCAGUACUGCAAGCCAUGGCUUCGGGCUGAACCUUUUGAGGGCUACUUGGAGCCAAAUGAGACAGUGGACAUUUCUCUUGAUGUGUAUGUCAGCAAAGACUCUGUAACCAUCCUGAACUCGGGAGAAGAUAAGAUUGAAGAUAUUCUCGUCCUUCACCUGGAUCGAGGCAAAGAUUACUUCUUGACCAUCAGUGGAAAUUACCUCCCAAGUUGUUUUGGCACAUCUUUAGAGGCUCUGUGCCGUAUGAAAAGACCAAUCCGAGAAGUUCCUGUUACCAAACUCAUAGACUUGGAAGAAGACAGCUUCCUAGAAAAGGAGAAAUCCCUUCUGCAAAUGGUUCCUUUGGAUGAAGGUGCCAGCGAGAGACCCCUUCAGGUCCCCAAGGAGAUCUGGCUUCUAGUAGAUCACCUAUUCAAAUACGCCUGUCACCAGGAUGACCUGUUCCAGACCCCUGGAAUGCAGGAAGAGCUCCAGCAGAUCAUUGAUUGUCUGGAUACCAGCAUUCCUGAGACAAUCCCUGGCAGCAACCACUCUGUGGCUGAAGCACUGCUCAUUUUCUUGGAAGCCCUGCCAGAGCCAGUCAUCUGUUACGAGCUGUAUCAGCGAUGUCUUGACUCUGCUCAUGAUCCCCGGAUCUGCCGACAGGUGAUCUCCCAGCUUCCGAGAUGCCAUAGAAAUGUUUUCCGUUACUUGAUGGCAUUCCUUCGAGAACUCUUAAAAUUCUCUGAAUACAAUAGCGUCAAUGCCAACAUGAUUGCUACUCUCUUCACUAGUCUUCUCCUGAGGCCUCCACCCAACCUUAUGGCAAGACAGACUCCAAGUGACCGCCAGCGUGCUAUUCAGUUCCUUCUGGGCUUUCUGCUUGGGAGCGAAGAAGACUAAGGCUUUUACUAUUCUCUGAUAUUCUAGAAGCAGACGAUCUCGGGCUCCAAGUAUUUCAGAAUGAUUUAAAAAGUCAUGCCACAGGAAGGGUCUAUUGCAGAAUUUCAAGUUCUGUUUAUAGUAAAAAGGAAGAGCGUUUCCUAAUCCCUCCUUUACCAUAUCCUACACAACAAAAUACUUUUAGACUUAUAUUGCCAAGCCAAAGUUACCGUAUUUUGGUGUUUUUGUGUUUUCUCUUUAUAAGGCAAAAAGAUCUGUAUUUACACUCCUUCACCUAGGGAUGUGUUUGUUGCCCUCCUACCCAGUUGUCAUGAUUGUCCUUAGUACCUUAGGCCUAGAUUCUGAGAUGUUCCCAUUCUAGGCCUACAAGCACUACUUGCUGUAGCUGAGACUUGUCUAGAGUCCUUUGUAUUGCACUUUUGACCCACUCCUUCCCGGAUCACUCCUUUGCACUCCACUCCCCUCGUUCUGUCACUUUGAACGAAGUCUGAGUGAGGCUAGUGACUCCUUGGGUGUCCUCAACAGUGAAUUCACUGUCUGCGUGCAGUUAUUACAUGCAUUUGUGCAUUUCUACUACAAUGGCAUCUUUAUGUCUCUGUAACAUUGGCCUUUUCGUGGCUCCACACUGGGUGGAACCAUAUUCUCUUAGAUGACAUUUAGUAGCAUAACUUUAGGGACUAUUAGAGAUGGCAUCUCAUCGAUGUGAGAGAAUCACAAUCAGAAUGGAAGCACUUUGAGUAUCUGAAGAGUGAGAGCAUUCAUGUUUGACAGGUCCUGCUUCCCACUAUCCUUUUCCUGUUAUUAUUCAAAUUUUACACAAGGACUAAUCCUGGGUGUCUCUGAGACCGAUCUCCUGCCUAGACGUCCACCUCCAGAGCAACACUGGCCCCACAGUAAAAGAGGGAGUCUUGUACCUCAGGCAGGCCCAUCUAGAGCUAUUGUUCCUUCCCACAGCAAAGGUAUUGUGGAUGACCCUUAGAAUCCAUUCUCUGGUCUUCUGAAGUACCAAGGGCAGAUGUCACCUCCUUCCUCAGCAGGACUGACUCUGGGCUCUACAACCAGCUCCUGCACAUAAAGGGUUUAGAGACUCCCCUUGGCUCCCAGUCACCAUAUCCAGUGUUGCGUAAAGAGACUGGCCGACAGGACCAACCAAGCACCUUACCUCUCCCAUACAAGAUGACCCUCUGAGUUUUUCAUUUAUUCAAGCUCUGAGGUACAGCCUUUUUUUUAAAUAAAUUAAUCUAUAUUGGUUGACAAACAAGCCACCAACCACUGACUGCAAAACUGCCUGAUGCAAUUGGGUUCCUCCUGGUUUUCUUCUGUUACAACCAGCCUUGCCUGUUUACAUUAAUUGCAAGGAGCAUAGCGUACAGGCUCUAUGUACAAUCCUGGGCAUUGACUCCGUGACAUUUCUAGCAUAUCCAAGGCACCACCAGUGAUUUUCCCCGUUUCUUGGGGAGGGGGGAAAAAAAGAUACGUAUUCUGCAAUAUGGCUAAACGCUUUCCUGAUUGAGAGUUAAAGCAAUAGGAGUCAAGUUACUGGUGCCACAGGUCUGGAGGUAUGAUAGGUCAGGGGCUGGGUGUUGAACUUAGUUAAUGGAAGACUGAAAGCAGAACAGGUUUGUCAUCUCCGCAAGGCCAGAAAGUGAUCACAAAAAGAGGCAGAUGAUAGACACUGGGGUAGGGUCAUACCACAGGGAAAUACCUUUCCUGGGCUUGUUUUCUAGCAUAUCGCUGACCUGGGAUCUUUGGGUGAUCAAGGGUGUGGUUAGUGGAGGCUCUGUGCUGCACAUAUGCAGUAUCCUAUCUCUUUCUUCAGAUCAAAACACUAAGUUGGUGUACUGCCUCGACCUUUUUUCAGCUCAUCCUGGAACAUAUACAGGGUUGAGAGUUUUAGACAAUCUCUAGGUAGAGGAGACAAGACGUAGACCAACACAGAAGAAAUCUGCUUCCCUGCCAUGCCUAUUCCAGCACCCCGACCUGUAAUUGCCAAGUCCUCUGAGGUACUAAUUUGUAGCUGCUCUGAAGUAAGGAUUUCAGAUUCAGCUGGUAGGGAAAGACUCUGCACCUGCUGUCUUAGGGAAGAAAUGGUUCAAAUCCAUGUGGUGACAUUGCAUUAGUCUCCCUUUCACUGUUUUCUUAUUCUAUAAUUGUUUGUUAUAUUUCCCAAAAACGUCUUGAUCACUAAGCAAAGCUGCUAGUGGGAUUCUAUAUUUCGUGUCAUCUUUUUUAUUAUAAUUUAUUGCAAAUUUUUUUCUGAAUAAAUAUAUGUUGUGUGAGAAAGCAAA